ACGAGCCUCCUGUGAAGGAUGCUACCGCAGGCUCUGAGGAUGGCCGGCAGAAGCGCGUUCCCGCUGCUCAGGUGCGCGGACCGCUGGGCUGACGUCAUCGCGUGCGCUGCGUCACGCCAGGUGAAGACGCUGGAGCAGAUGCCCGGUCCCUCAUCCGCGGGCUUCAUCUGGGACCUGCUGUUCAGACGCGGACUCUCGCGCCUCCAUCAGCUGCAGCUGGAGGGCCGGAGGAGGUACGGGGCCGUGUGGAAGGCCAGCUUCGGGCCCAUCCUGACGGUGCAUGUGGCCGAGCCGGAACUGAUCGAGCAGGUGCUGAGACAGGAGGGCCAGCACCCCAUGCGCUCCGACCUCUCGUCCUGGAAGGACUACCGCAGGCUCCGCGGAGAGGGAUACGGACUCCUGACGGCUGAAGGCGAGGAGUGGCAGAGCAUGCGCAGUCUACUGGGGAAGCACAUGCUGCGGCCUAAAGCUGUGGAGGCGUAUGAUGGCACCCUGAACGCUGUCGUGACCGACCUGGUCCACAAACUCAAGCUACGCUCGCAGCAGAGCUCCAGCGGCCUUGUCACAGACAUCUCUGCUGAGUUCUACCGCUUCGGUCUGGAAGGGAUCUCGUCUGUGCUGUUUGAGUCCAGGAUCGGCUGUCUGGACCCGGUGGUUCCUGUGGAGACAGAGCGCUUCAUCCAGUCCAUCAACACCAUGUUUGUCAUGACGCUCCUCACGAUGGCCAUGCCUCGGUGGCUCCACCGGCUGCUUCCCAAACCCUGGGACACCUUCUGCCGCUGCUGGGACUACAUGUUCCAGUUCGCUAAAGGUCACAUCGACCAGCGUCUUGAGGAGGAGAGGCAGAAGAUGGCUCGAGGAGAGCGUCUAGAGGGACGAUACCUCACUUACUUCCUGUCUCAGGCCGGGGUUCCUCUGAAAUCUGUGUACAGCAAUGUGACCGAGCUGCUGCUCGCUGGCGUCGACACGAUAUCCAGCACGCUGUCGUGGUCUCUGUACGAGCUCUCGCGGCACCCUGAGGUCCAGACGGCGCUGCGGGACGAGGUUCGGUGCGUGAUGAAGGGCCGCAGCGUCCCCGAGGCGCGUGAUGUGGCUGCCAUGCCGCUAAUGAAGGCUGUGAUAAAGGAGAUCCUCAGGCUGUAUCCUGUGAUCCCAGCCAACGCUAGAGUCAUUACAGACAGAGAUAUCACCGUCGGCGGAUACCUCAUCCCGAGAAACACGCUGAUCACUCUGUGUCACUACGCCACGUCCCGUGACCCACGGCAGUUCUGCGAUCCGGACGCGUUCGUCCCCCAGCGCUGGCUGAGCCGCUCCGAGGGUAGUCACCCGUACGCCUCCGUGCCGUUUGGAGUGGGCAAGCGCAGCUGUGUCGGCCGACGCAUCGCUGAACUGGAGCUCUACCUGGCGCUGUCUCGGAUUUUAAUGCACUUUAACGUGGAGCCGGCGGAGGAUAGCGGUCCGGUCCAGCCGAUGACCAGAACUCUUCUGGUGCCAGAGAGACAGAUCAACCUCCGCUUCAUCGAGCGCUGAUGUGACGGUCCGAGUGACCGGCUGUGACAGAACUGGCCCUGUUCAUCACAGAGAGCCAGGAGGACACUGGGACGUCUGCAGCAGGAGCUGCUCUCUUUACCUGAGCGGACACCAGCUCAAGAACUAACCUGUGAUUCCUUAACUUAUGAGACAUAACCCAGAAAGGAGUGAAGCUCGAUGAAGCUGUGCAGACCGUGCUGCAGAUCUUCAUGAAGAGAUGUUUGUUACACAACGGAGAGACUAGAAGGAGGGAAACUCUUUAUUUAAAGAUGCUUGUGUGCAAAACAAAUGAGGAGCAGCUUUUGCUCAUGGUCUAUAUCAGAGAUUGAAGAUUUGGUGCUACUGUGUCUGAAAUGUGCCAGGUUGUUCAUCGUAGCCAAUGCUACAAAGUGCUUUUUUUCCCACAUGAAAUUCUGAACUGACAUAAGAUCAGCCAUGUAUAUUCAGGAAAAAUAUCAGACUUGAAAAAUGGCUGCUGAAACUACAUGCAGUAUGAUUGCUUACUUAAUCGCACGAUUUUUCUAUUUUGAAUAAAAAUGUUAGUUUUAGUAAAUUUUAAAGGUAAGUGCGUUGUCUGGCUCGCUGCUAUAGUGUAGUCCACGGUGAUUCCACAAAAGCACAUUUAACCUACUUGCUCUAACAGCUGGUUUUCUGAGAAGGCGAGUGCCAGGAUGUGUGGUUCUAGCGAUGGACACAAGGCCACGCUGUGUUUGCUAUGGGGUUUCCCAGCGAGCGCUCGGAGGGUCAGUCUCCUAGAAAACACUGGGCUUCAGCACAGCUGCAGCGUCCUCUAAACCUAAAGUCUGCUCUAAAGGCCACGUCUAGACUGAACAUUCAAUGCUUCAUUGACAUUAGUGGUCUGUAACUUGUUUUGUUUGGAAAUGAAGCGGUGAACUGAACUCAGUCCAAAGCUCAUCUCUUGGUAGUUUGAACCAAACACCGUGUGAUCCAUGUUCCUGUAAGUGUUUGUGUGAUAGCAAUCACAGAGUCAUCCAUGAACAGCAGCUGAUGGUAGGAUGACAUCUUGUGGUGAAGGUUGGUUAAGAUCUUAAAGGGUAACUCCAGCCCAAAAUGAACAUUUUGUCAUUAAUCACUUACCCCCCAUGUCGUUCCAAACCUGUAAAAGCUUUGUUGGUCUUCGGAACACAAUUCUGAAUUGAAUAAAGUCGAUAUUUUGUUUUAUUGUAUUCUCAUUGUCUUAUUAAAAGUCAGAUUGAACCACU